AUGCUCCUCGGGUUAUUGCCAUUCAAAUAUACAAAAGAAAAAAACACUUUUCGGUCUUCACGAGCCGCGCUCAGCUAUAGUGUCGUAAUGAACACGUUGAUUUUUGUUUGGGUCGUCAAAAACUGGCCGGAUGUGUCGAACUAUGAGCUUUUCGUUGCGAAGCCUUUGCUUUAUUUCGUGCAAAUCGCCGUCAGUUAUCUGAAUUUCGUUGGAAUGGUUCUAAUCUUUUGCAGUACUUGGUCUGGUAGAAAACGUCUGUUGCGGCUUUUCAAUGAAAUUGUCUCUGUAAGACAGCUAUGUGAUUCGAAAGUGUUUUUACGCGAAUUUGACGGCAGCUUGAUGGAAAAACGCAUUAUACUGAAGUUUUGCUCAAUGUUGUUGGAAAAUAUCUUAUACCUCAGCUCAAUGAUCUAUAUAAGCUACAAAAUGAAUGCAAAUUACUUUUUGGUGCUGCUUUUGAAUCUAAUAUUGUUAAAUGAAAUAUUUUUGAUAUCGAAUCAGUUCUAUCACAAUGCGCUCUUCAUCAAUCAUUCCAUAGUGGCUGUAAAUCAUCGCUUGCGUUGUUUAAAUACCAAGCCGCAGUUGUUGUCUGCUGGUGAGAUUAAUGAGAUUUUCGGUAUAUAUAUGCGUUUGAUGCGCUUAAUCGCGCACAUAAUGAAAGCCUAUGAACAACAAUUACUCGUCAUAAUCUCAGUUCGUUUGAGUUUAGUUGUGCAAUGUCUUUUCUUCACAUGCAUGCACUUCGCCGGUAAAGGAUUGCAGGUAGAUAAAAUAGAAUUGCUACAUUUCGUGCAAAUUAUAGUGCUAAACUCCUACGACUGUUCGCUGAUAAUGGGUGUUUGCGAAUCGAUUUGGCGCGUUCAGGAACAGACGGAAGUCGAGCUUCGAAAUUUCAACAAUUUUCGUAUUUUGCGCCUUGGUCUGGCGAGAGAUCUUAACACUUUUUCCACAUUUUGCGGCAUACGCAAGUUUCGGUUUCCACUAUGUGGCUUGUUCGAGAUAAAUUUUGCAACUGCACGCGGACUGUCUACUUCAGUGGUGACAGCGUUAAUCUGGUUGGUUCAAUAUGAUUUCGCCACAAAUAUGUGA